ACGAGACAUCUGCGGCGUCUGCGGCAGGCGGUGCACUCGGUUAUAGCUUGGUGAUACUAGGUGCUCUUCGUGAACUUAUUAUGUUGUUACCAAGUGUUUGCACCCUGCAGCGUGUUUCUGUGCAAGUUCAGGAUGCGUAGAACUGUUGAGAAACGAGCUCGACAGCUGAUUCCUACUGGGUGCUUCAAAUACUGUUGAUAACAUCAGAUAACCUUCGCAGGACGAACUCGCCAUGCACGCUUUCAUAGUUAGUACAGGCUCUCAGUUAUUUCGUCAAGUGAGAAUCCAUAAGCACCUAUUGCUCAGGUCGUUCUCAUCAAGGAAUGGUGGCAUCCUCUUGAACGGUUGUACCAUCCGUCGCGUCUGCGUAGCUCCGGUGAAACCAGUUGUGUCUGUCGUACUCUGUCGAGCUUGCUCAAGCGCUCGACGCAUCGACAGCGGUGAACUAAAGAGACUGUUGCGGCAAGCAAAACCCGAACGAUUUCGCCUCGGUGCUGCUAUUUUGUUGCUUUUUGUAUCCAGCUCUGUUAUGAUCGCCUUUCCAUUUUGCAUCGGCAAAGUGAUCGACGUGAUCUACACUGCGUCUAACAACGACGAACUUCGCGCCAACCUCAACUGGAUUUGCAAGGUUCUGACUGGCGCUGUUGUGAUCGGUGGUCUUGCAAACUUUGGUCGAGUGUACCUUAUGAACAGUUCAGCACAGCGAAUAAUCAACUCUCUCCGCAAGCAAGCUCACGCCUCGCUGAUGCAGCAGGAGAUAGCCUUUUUUGACCAAAACCGCACGGGUGAUCUCAUCACCAGACUUUCAAGCGACACUGCGCUGGUUGGGAUGUCCUUAACACAAAACAUAUCAGAUGGCCUGCGCUCUGCUGUUGCAGUGUUUGGUGGUGUGGGUAUGAUGUUGUACACAUCGCCACAGUUGUCACUAGUUGGCCUGAGCGUUGUACCACCGGUUGCCAUUAUUUCCUUCGCGUUUGCUGGUAGACUGAGGCAAGUCGCAGCAGACGUACAGACGCAGCUUGCCCAGUCUAGUGCCAUUGCAGAGGAACAGCUGUCACACAUCAGAACUGUGCGCGCGUUUACUAAAGAAAGUUUCGAGAUCAACAGGUAUGCUGAAGGGCUUUCUAGGCUCUUGGACAAGGUUAACACUGAAACGUGGUUGCGGGCAGUCUUUUUUGGCUGCACUGGUGCCACAGGAAAUAUGAUUGUAUUGGCUGUCCUCUAUUAUGGGGGUAUUCUCAUGUCUGAUGGUAGACUUACUGUAGGAAACCUGUCUUCAUUUUUGCUGUAUGCAGCUUAUGUUGGUGUGUCCAUCGGUAGUCUUGGAGGCUUCUUCACUGAAGCAACCAAAGCUCUGGGUGCUUCAAAAAAAGUAUGGGAAAUUGCUGAUCGUGUUCCGGCUCUGCCAAACUCUGGUGGGCUGGCGCUUUCCAAUCUCCAAGGGCACAUAGAGUUUUGCAAUGUUACAUUUGCCUACCCCUCCAGGCCAGACAUUGACGUUCUUAAAAAGCUAAACCUUGCAGUGCCUGCAGGAUCUGUGUUGGCAAUUGUAGGCCCUAGCGGGCAGGGAAAAUCAACACUGGCCUCUUUACUCCUUCGGCUUUAUGACCCAUCUUCAGGUACUGUCAUGCUGGAUGGAAUUGAUAUUAGGGACCUGGAGCCCCACUUUCUGAGAGUGAACGUGGGAAUUGUUAGCCAGGAACCAACACUUUUUGCUACAUCAAUUUUCGAGAAUAUCCUUUACGGUGCAAAGAGUAUGGAGAAAAGUUCAAAAGACGAUGUAAUCAGGGCUGCAAGUGAGGCCAAUGCACUAGAGUUCAUCCAAGGCCUUCCUGAUGGCUUUAAUACAAUGGUUGGGGAACGAGGAAUCUUGUUAUCUGGUGGUCAAAAGCAACGUAUCGCUAUUGCUCGAGCUAUUCUUAGGGACCCCACUGUGUUGAUCUUGGAUGAAGCAACUAGCUCAUUGGAUGCUGUUAGCGAGCGAGCAGUGCAAGAGGCCUUGAAAAAGCUUAUGGUUGGGCGCACUGUGCUCACUAUUGCUCACAGGCUAUCUACAAUUCGCAGGGCAGAUAAAAUUGCAGUGUUGAAGGCAGGUACUGUUGUUGAGUUUGGAACUUAUGAGCAGCUGAUGAGCAUUACUGAUGGGCUGUUUCGGAGGCUUGUGGAACAUCAGCUACAAGAUGAGAGAGCAGCUGAAUGAAUGUUAACAUUCAUGGUGUUUAAUUGCUGUGAUAUUACUGGAAUGAAGUACAAGAAUACAACGCACUGAAUUAUUCUGGCUGCAAUGCACAUGCUAGUGAAACUUGACAGGCAUGCAUUGGAUGCUUCUAGUUCUCAGUGCUCAUUCUUGUGGGCCGAUCAUACGAGCAUAUGUUAUGCACAAUGCAAGAUUGUGUUAAUGCCAAAAAAUGGGCCAUUUAAAACAGCUUGGCUGCUUUGAUAAUAUUUACUCUACCAUGAAGAAUGCUGAAUUACAAGAACUUGUUUCUAGCAGCACUAUAGCAAUCCAAUAAAGCUAUUUUACAUGCCGGAGUACUUGCAUUGAUUCUAUAAUUGUCAAGCCAUGGUUUGCAGAUGAGCACGGUAUGUAAUAAGAUGGGUCAUCAAUAGAGGAUAUGAGGUGCUGAAGCAUGGCAUGCUUAUCAUAGCUACGUUAUUGUACAUUUAUCAGAGGAAAUGAAUAGCGUAGAAAAGCUGAUCAUUGCAUACAGCCGUUAAAUGCAUAGGCACAUAUCUGCGAUUAAUUUCAGAGCUGGCAAGCGUUCCAGUUCAUAUACAGUAUACGGUAGGGAUCUCAAAUAUGUGGCUCAUGGAGCCCUUGCGUUCCCCUCGGACAGCUCACGCUUGCUACCAGAAACCUUGACUUCGUGGGGACACUAAACAGCCAUGCUAAAUAGCUCUAGACUGGUAAAGCAUUAUUUUAGAACUCUUAUCUGCAUUUAUUGGUGAAAAAGUUUGAUUGCUAGUGGAGAAUAUAGAGGUGAAACUUCCCUUUGUUGAAUUUCCCAUCCAAAUUACAGCAGUGGUACAUCAGACUAAUGAGAUGGAUUUCAACGUAUUUGCGCAUUUCUGUACAGAAAAAUGUUCUUUGAACUUUCUAGGUCAAGCCUGGCUUUUCCAGAAUACUAUGAAAGCCUUCUUUACUGAAAAAAUGGGUAACUAAUAUGAACCAGACUGCUGGUGUUCCACAGUCCAAAAAGCAAGAGCUGCUAAAGUUCUCGAAUGUGGUUAAGCUUGGUUAGUUCACCACCAUCAAUAAUUUUGUGUGCUAGCAGCAGCAUUGUUCUGGGGAUACCUUGGUAUUUUAGUGCUACACCUGACACCAAUGGCUUCCACACCACUUAAGGUCAAGGGGGAGGCAGCAAUGAAGUGUAACUGUGUUAGACAAUGAAAAAAGGUAAAACCACAGUAUCUAAUCCAGUUGUCAAGGUACCACCUUGUUCACUUUGGGUUCACUAUUGAUGUGUGCCAUUGCCUAUGUAAAAACAAUUGGAAGAGUUGGAAAGGAUGUGCGACAUCUGUCAUCGUCCAUGUUGCCCAAUGCACUGCCUCGUGCACACCCUUGAUGGUUUCCCAAAAGCAUUUAGGUGCCCUGUGAAUUAACUGGGCUGAGUAUGCAUCUAGAUAAAAUGCUGGGAACAUCACUGUCAGUAGCAACACAUCUCUAAAAUAUGUCAGGUGCGCAAAGUAUACGAGGACAUAAUGGCUCUGCGAAUGGCAAUGUUUCCGAUAUUUGUUCCAAAUUUUUUGCAUUCCUUUACUGCUCUUUUCUAAGACUGUUGAGUACAACCAUCUCCUUUCUUAAUUACCGACUGAAUUCGUCUCGGAUCAGAUAGUGCAUGUGUUGAUAUUGGGUAGUGCUUCCACAAUGGCAAUUUUUAGAGAGCUUUUACCAUUGCGUGGCUGUUAGCCUUUCUCUCAGUGACACCUCCCCAUGGGAGGUGGAACUAUGACUAGGAUGCCACAUUGGAGACUAGGACACCACAUUGAGGGUGAUGUGGCCACAGAAGUUCACAGCCAGCCACUCUUGGGUCACGCAAGCAAAUCUAUUACAUUGGAGUGGCGCCUAAUGAAACUGUUCACAUAAAGCUUGGCUGUUGAUUUUGCCACUUGAAGGUGCACCAUAAUGGCCAUAAUUUGCUGUUAAGGGUUGUCACUCAUUAUGGCCUCCACCUGCUGGAGCAACUGAACAGUCUAAAUGGCGUCUGACCACUGGCAGCACUUAUUUGUCUUUGUUUCGGAAGACAAUUGGCCAUAAUCUGUUGUCUCACCCUGAAAAGAAAAGAUUUGGCAACAUUUAAGGAGGUGAUCUCCAAGUCACUGUGGCUGGUAUGUAAGGUGACCACAGGACAGUAUAUGGCUUCAUCUCCUGUGCCAUAGUGGAAGCUGAUACUCUGGAAGAAGUGUGCUAGAUAAGUGACAGAGGGAUUAGUGAAUACAGAGUUAAGCACCUAGAAAGGACGAGAAUGUUAAUGUCUAUGGCGAUUCGAAGCCACAUCCUCAAAUACGUUGAGCACCCAGUUUAGCCUCAAUAUAACGAGGGACACAGUUGAAUGCCUCCACAACAAAAUGACCUGUAUAAUGAAGUAUCCUGUAUGUCCUGGUUGAAAUCCUACUUUUCCUAUAUGUCUUUGCUACUAUAUGCAUUGUGAAUGCCUUUAAAGUGAUCACCACUACAACAUAUCUACCUCUACGAUGAAGAAAUUUGGGCAUCCCCAAUGGCUGAAUUGUUGCUUUGCAACGAAUGCACGUAGCAGUGCCACUACUGCCUUUCGUACUUGCCACUGAGCUGCGAAGGGCAUACAAAGUCGCACUUGACACCACAACAAAGACCUCACGGGAGGGUGUGGAAUCCACAGUGGAUAAUAGAAAUUCCUUCCCCUUUCUCAUACUCCGACAAAAUGAUGAUCUGCUCAGAACAGCAUACCAGCGACACUGUCAAAGCCAUCACGGAUGGGAAGAAGGUAAACGUCUAUGCAUACAGUAGUGAUAAGUCUUUUUUUUUUCUGGUCCAGGUAUGGAAGAGAGACAAGGAAGACAGGGACAACAACCUUGUCACUGUCCCUGUAUUCCUUCUCCCUGUUCUGUACUUAGCGCAACAACCAACUAGCCCCAUUCAUCACCUUGUUGAGCAGCAGUGAUGAUAAGCCCAAUAAUUUUGACAAGGGAGGCGAUAGCGGCAUUCGAAGCUCUGCAGCAUUACCUUGUGCCACUAUCAGGUUACAUCGUGGUUCACGCCAUAAACUUCUGUGCCAUAAUGUCUGCUGAAGUUUUACAUUCCAUUGGAUGAAGCGUGCAGAUGAAAAUUGGCAGCUUCAUUCACUAAUGUACCUGUCGAAUCCAUGUUGAAUAAAGGUUUUUUUUUUCUGAA